UCUAGCUAAUGAAAUGGAGAAAAUGCACAUUAAACGUUUCUAAAUGUGAAUUUCACAACUGUACUUAUGCAUGAAAGCCUUUAUGAGGAUUUAAUGAUUAAAAGUACAUGUCUUUCUCUAUCAACUGGUCUGUAAGCGGAGUGUGAUAGAGUCGUUUCCUCUGCUCUCAUGAGCCAUUAGCAUGCUAGCAUGCCCUCUGAUUUUAUAUCUCUCCUGAGCGCCGAUAUCGACCCCGGUUCACCCAAAUCCCUCUAUUCCAAAGAGUCAGUGUAUGACCUACUCCCUAAAGAGUUGCAGUUGCCCUUGGCCGUUCAGCAGGAGAACUCCACUAUGAGCCAGAAGAGCGGUGGAGAGGCUGGACCUCAUCUUCCAGAUGCCCUGGUCUCAGGUACCACACCUACAGAUGCUGCUGCCACCUGCACCGUCGCCUCCCCUGGAGGCCUCAGCAGUACACUUCCUUCCUGUCCCAGCAUGCUCUCUGCUACCUCAAUCCAAGAGCAGACCUCCAGGAUCCACAGUGGUCCCACGGCAGAAGGAAUGGGAGAUGAACAUGGACCAGUGUUGGCCAUAACCGGGGUUGCUGUGAGUGAUGCUGUCGGAUCCACACAGACCCAGGCAACCCCCUCGAAACGACGGACCAUCCUGAGUAUCUCUCCACCUCCAGAAGAUUUGUUGGAUGACAGUCGCAUGUCCUGCCAGGAUGACCAGCUGCCCAACCCAGACUCCGAGCAGAGCGGUAGCAUGUGGAUGGACGAGUCUGUGUCCAACUUCAGUUUAGCCAGCAACAGUUCAUACAACGACAAUACUGAAGUGCCCCGAAAGUCUCGCAAGAGAACUCCUCGCCAGCGGCCGGGGCCAAAACCUGCAGCCCGGGAAGAAGCUGGCAUGGAUGUGUUUGAUGCAGACAGUGCCAAAGCACCACACUUUGUCCUUUCUCAACUGGGUUCAGACACCAAAGUCACACCCAAAGCAAGCUCCCUGGAAGUGUCGAACCAUCUGAAAGGUGGUGUUCUUUCCAUUCAGUACCCGCAGAAGAGUGAAGGAAAGGAGCUAAAGAUUUUGAUUCAGCCGGAGACUCAGCACAGAGCCCGAUACCUCACAGAGGGCAGCAGAGGAUCCGUCAAAGACCGUACACAGCAAGGAUUCCCUAAAAUCAAAUUAGAGGGAGUCAAUGAACCGGUGGUGCUCCAAGUUUUUGUGGCUAAUGACGCUGGGCGUGUGAAACCUCAUGGGUUUUAUCAAGCCUGCAGAGUGACUGGGCGCAACACGAUGGCCUGUAAGGAGGUGGAUAUCGAGGGGACCAUAGUAAUUGAAGUAAACCUCGACCCGAGCACUGCUAUGACGCUAGCAGUGGACUGUGUUGGAAUCUUGAAGCUGAGGAAUGCAGAUGUUGAAGCUCGUAUAGGGGUUGCCGGAUCCAAAAAGAAGAGCACUCGCGCUCGCUUGGCCUUCAGAGUCAACAUCUCAAGACCAGAUGGAUCUGUCCUAACCCUCCAGACUCUCUCUUCUCCCAUCCUAUGUACUCAACCUGCUGGAGUGCCUGAAAUCCUAAAGAAGAGUCUUCACAGUUGCUCUGUCACAGGAGGAGAGGAGGUCUUUAUUAUCGGCAAGAAUUUCCUCAAAGGAACAAAAGUUGUUUUUCAGGAAAAUUCUUCAGAUGAGAGUGGCUGGCAAGCUGAAGCAGAAAUUGAUAUGGAACUUUUCCAUCAGAAUCAUCUAGUGGUGAAGGUUCCUCCAUAUCAUGACCAGACAGUGACCUCCCCAGUGUCUGUAGGCAUUGCCGUGGUGACAGACGCAGGGAGAACGCAUGAUCUACAGCCUUUUAACUACAAUCCUCUAACAGAGAAAGUUGAUAUUCCAGUGAAGUCAGAAUUGCCAGCCACAAUCAAGACUUGCACUUUUGAAGAGCAGAUAAAAGCAAUGCGAACUGAGACCAGAUGUCUAAACAAUGUUGUAAUUUUACCUGUGGUCAAACGAGAAGAACCUAUGGAAGUCUCCUGCAACGCAACAUCUUCAAACAUUUUCAAGCCUGUAGAGGCCCUUAGUUCAACCCAACAAAUCCUGGAGAUAAAUACCGUCCUGCCCUCUGGCAGUAAGUCUUUUCCGAGCCCUGUGCCACUGCAACCUGUUGACUCACAACAGCCUGCGGCUCAAAUUUUUACUCAAGAAACCUUGUCCACCAUUCCGAAGCAGGACAUUUCUUCACCUGCAUCGUUCCAAGUGUCCGUAUCUGAAGACACAACAGUUCUUCAGCCUGUUCCUCCACAGGUCCCUCAGCAAUUCCUGCGGGAAACUCCAGAGACUUUGUCUCCAGAAGACAACAGUGCAGAUGGAAGUGGAAUGGUAUUAGUGGGCAUAGAGUCUCAGUCUCCAUCCCAGCAGCCACAGGUUCAGACACUUUUGCCCCAGGAAGGGGUUACACAGUUGGAGAGAGCAGUACGAGAGCUGCAAGCACAGCAGCAGCUAAAUUCUGUGCUUUACAGCCCAGCACUGUCAGCAGAGAGUCUCCAGCAACACGUCCAGGAAAAUAUGAACAGUUUAAGACUGGGUGGAAAUGAGAGUACCUUAAUCAACCAGCAACAGCAGCAGAAAGAGCAGAAUAUACUGGAAAAUCUGCAACAGCAGCAACAGAAGGCACUUGUGGAUCUUCAACAUCAACAGACAGUCCUUGAAAAUUUGCAGCAACAUCAGAAAGUCCUUGAAAACCUUCAGCAACAGGCUCUUGGUAACUUGCAGCAACAGCAAACACACAACAAAGUUUUAGAGAGCCUGCAGCAUCAACAUCAGCACCAGAAAGUUCUUCAGAACAUUCAGCAACAAAGUUCUUUAGUCACUCUGCAGCAUCAAAAAUUUCUAGAUAAUCUCCAACAGCAGCAACAGCAUCAGAAGAAUCUAGAAACACUACAGCAUCAGGAAGUAUUAGAGAACCUAAAGCAGCAAUUGCAGUCGGAACUCUUGCAGACACAAAUUCAAAUGCAGUGCACACCCACCUUCACUAGCAAUCCACAAAGCUCCACACAGGCUAGUGCUUUAUCACAACCCUCUGAAGGUUUUCUCCAGAACCCACCCCAGCAGCAAAUGCAGCAGCAGAAUUCCCUAUUCCAACAGACAGGUGGUCUUAUGACCAUUCAAACAUCCAACUUUCUGCAGCAACCAUCAUCUCAACCCUCGCCUCCACAGCAGCUUUUUCAGAGUCAUAAUCCCUUGACUGAAACACAAGACUCACAAACAGUACUCUUUGGAACCACAAAGGCACCACAGGUCCAAGCAAACUUAUUCCCUGGUACUAUGACAAUGCUAACAAGUACCAAUCUACAGUCAGAGCAGCAGGCUCCCUCAACUAGCAUGUUUAUUGCACAAAGUGUGUUGCCUAGCCAACUACCAUUGGAUAAUAACCAGAACCAUCAGCAACAACAGAUAGCUUUUCUCACACCCAUGCAGACUUCUGGAACAGAAGCCCAGACUGUCUCACUUUUUCAGGAACAACCCCAGUUGUCCACCCCAAUGGAACAACAACAGUCCCCCCAACAACAACUGAUGGCUACAUCCCAACAAGCCUCUCUUUUCACAAAUAUGGCAACAAUAUCUCAAAAUCAAGCACAGCAACAAACACAGACUGGCAUAUUGUUCUGUACCAGAACCCUUAACCCCCAUGAUCUGCCCCAGGCUCUGCUAUUCAGUGGUCAGAACCAAGGUUCAUUAGGAAGUGAUCGCCUCCAAGAGAAUAUAUUUCAGGAGCAGCAACCCAUGCAAGUUGUCCCAAUUUCUGAAAAUGUUACUGUGAAUAAUUCUUCAAACCAACCCACAGUCCCUCCUGCCCAACCAAUUCAGAAUCCAUCAAUUAUAUUUUCCCAAGCCAGUGUUGUGAGUGUUGCCCCACAAGACUCAUCAGAGCCCAUGUCUUUUCAGGAUCAGACUUCGAUCGUGAGCAACUCAUCUACCAGUAUGCCUUCAACACAGUCAGAACUUUUUCAGGACCAGCAACCCAUGCAGGUUGUUCCGAGUACCACCAGCAUAACCCCCGUCUCCCCUACGGACCAACCUUCCAUCAACCUUUUUUUGCCUCAGUCAGCCAUUUCAGCUCUUCAAAGUGGAGUUAGUGCUCAAGAGUUACCUCCAACUGCCACAACAGCCACAAUCUUUAGUGGACCGGGUGGUGUGGCAGUGGGCGGUCUGCAGAACACCACACCUACACCCACUCAGCAGCCUCCCACACAACUCUUUCAGACAACUAUUGGGAGAACACUCAGCCAGCCUGGACAAGCAGGCCUGUUUCUCUUUGAGAUACCCAGUGAAUGUGGACAGCUAAUCAAUUCUCCUGGUCCAGCAUUAUCAGAUCAACUUGUAACAAUGGGACAUCCUGGAUCCGAUCAGAACCAGAGCCAACUUCAGACCAGUGCACAGAUUCAAACUUUAUUGGACCAGACCAGCAACCUUGAUGAUAAGAUAGAUGAACUUUUGGAACAAUUUCAAGAGCAAGGCAGGACGCUUCCUAGAGAUUUCUUGGACCAUUAA